AGUCACGUGAUGAACACAAUUAUGUUGUUGUGGAGCCGAAGCCGCCAUAUUCUGCAGCAAACUAUCCGAUUGUAGCUGGCUAGAUGCUCCGAGAUGGACUGGUACCGCAAAUACGACUUCCUGUGCACAUGAAGUGAGAUGAUCAAUAGUCAGGGGCAUUUGCCUUUCGAUUUUUGUUCUGUAAUUGCGAGUGGGAACGUAGUUAGUGUUAAUGGCGAGCAAAGUUCAAGUUGCCAAGUUUCCCUUGCAUGACUUCAUUGAAGGUCCAGUGUUAGAUCCAACUUCUUCAGGAGUUUGGAAUAUGGAAGAAAAUGAUGUGCUUGGCCAACUUAACGAUGAAAGUUUUAAAAAGCGGGUGGAGAUUCUUGAACAGUUGAUCAUAACCGUUCGCAGAAAUGGCGGCCGCCUGCCAUACAGCGAUCACGAAUCUAUCUUUCGUGGCCUGGGGCUUGCACUGUCAGAUUCAAACUGGGAAAUCAGACUGAAAUGCAUUCAUUUGCUCCAGGAACUAAUUCCCAGUCUUCAGGAGGACCUGGAUAGAUGUAUGUCACUUAUUUUGAAUAAACUUAUCCCUAAUAUAGGUGACAGUAAGGUAACUGUGCGCAAAGCAGUCGUAUCAAACUUACAUCAGUACAUGAAACAUACAAACAAUCGACCAACACUGCUGCAUGCAAUCGUCAGUUUUGGACUUGAAAAUGAAGAUGCGAGAGUCAGACGAGAGACUAUUAACGCUCUUCCUUUGCUUCUGACGAGGGAUUUUGCCAAAGAAAAUUUCUAUGGCAUCAUUCAAUCUCUUGCCAAAAAGUUACUUGACGCAUCAAUAGAGGACAAUUUAAAAGAUGUCUCACUUUCAACUUUGCAGUCAAUUGAAAAACUUGUUGGAGAGGAACAUUUUGACGCCUACAUUCAAAAACUUUCACCCUCACUUCGGAAAUACUACCAACAGUUGACUGGAAAAGUGGAGAAUGGGUUCAGCAAUGAACCUCAGGGGCAGCAUCCAUUGCCAUUCAACGCUCGACAGGGAGGUGGGCAAACGGUGCCAUCAGACAGACGCGACAUCCACAUGGAUGGCCCAGAAUUCGGUAUCAUCCCUAGCCAUGUGAUGAUCCGUAUAAAUGACCAAAUGGACUUCAAAACACGAGCUCAAGCAGUUGAGGACUUAAAGGGAGUUAUAAAUGUUCUGACAGCACCGGAGAUUAUCCAUAAAUUGAUUCCGCAUAUGACAUCAUUUAUGAAUUUCCUCAGCUCCCUUCUAGAUGAUUCCAACUUCAAGAUAAUCACAGUAACACUUGAAAUUUUAUAUUUGGUUGUAGAACGCCUUGGUCCCAAUGUCAAGACUUACGUGAGAGACAUUGUCAAUGUAUUAUCAAAACGCAUGGGGGACAACAAAGUAGUGAUUCGUCAGUCUGUUAUGCGAGUUGUCAUUAAGAUGAUGCAGUCAUUCCAGCCUCAGGCAGUUUUAUCAGUGAUAUUUGAGAAUCUUUCACAUCGGAACUCUCGAGUGAGGCAGGAAACAAUUAACUUCAUCAUAGCAUCUUUGUUAACUUUCCCUAGCUAUGAGUUUGAUUUACCUAACAUCUGUGCUGUGGUAGGACCAACUCUGACUGAUGUAAAGCGCCAGGUACGACAAGCAGCUUUGGAGUGCUUUGCUGUUCUUGCCCAGGCCAUGGGUUCUGGUCGUUUGCAGCCCCUUGUGCAAGCUGUUGAUCAAGUGGAACUAAGUUCAGAGGGUGAAGGUCUUAUGGCAGCUGUGCAAGCUCGCCUUGCUCGCCGGCAGCUCCCACGUCUCAACAGUGAAGGGCUAGUGGAGUAUGCUACACCUAUUCCAUCUUCAGCCACCCAGAGAUCAUCAGGCUCCACUCAGAGUGCAGACACUGAGUGGAUUCUGGCUGUAGGGGGUGGCUCAGCUCGCACAGCUCGCUCAGAAAUGGAGCUGGAAAUGAUUGUGCCAUCUACUGUACGAUCUUCAUCUGGUGCAGUAGAUUCUGGUGCUCCCAGUCCCGCACCUCGAAGAUUCAUGAGUGCAGGACGAGGCCGCAGCAGACUUCCUUGGGAAGAAGAGAGGGAUGAACGGGCCAGAGCAUAUGAAGACAUGCCUAACUCAGCACCAACUCAGUUUGCUGUUGAAGAGACGGUGCCACCAAAACUGCAUAACAGAUGGGUUGGAGAACUUGACAACUCCCAAGACUUGAAGAAGCCCCAACAACGCCGUACUACCAUUGCAAGUCUUGGUCUGACAGAGGAACAAGAUGGACCAGGCUUGCCAAGAAAACUUCUACCACCCACCCAGCAGCAAUGGGUACCUGACUUAUCUGGGAAGGUAGAAGGCAGCAGAGGAGAGGGGUUGGGCACUGCCUUCCACCUUCUGUGCUCUAGUUAUGGAUCAUAUAAACAGAUAUAUCAGCAGAGACAAAAGCGACAACCAGGACCAACAGCACGCCCCAACUCAUUCAACGGGGGUGUUGAUGGUAUCGACUAUACAAGAGACACUAAAGAAAAUGGAUACAGCAGGCCUGAUCAGCGAACACCACGCACUUUUCUGGACCCCAUAUCAGCAGAACCAGUUAAGCAAUCCGAAGACUCCAUCAAAACAGUUGAAGAAGAAACACCUAUUGCACUCAAAGCAAGCAUUGCUCGUGGAUCAUCAACUCAUCGUGGAAAUACCAAGGUACCACCAAUCUCGUCGUCAGUAGAUCGCCUAAAUGAUGACGAUUCAGACAGUGCCUAUUCUAUUUCUUCAACUGGCACGCCAACAAAGAGCGGCUCUCUUCGAGGGAUCAGAAACAGUGCCUCCAAGAAAAAGGCUGAAAGACUUUUUGAUCGUAUAGAGAAACAAAACAGCCGGCAAAGCAUUGCCUCCCCUACUGAGUCAGAUCCAGUGAGUGAGAGCGGCUUUUUCAGCACCAGCACAUCCACCUCAAACAGGAGCAGAAAAUCAGAAAAUGUGGAGAAGAUAAAGGCCACAGGACAUGGAGCCUUGCCAUUCAAGAGACCAGCUGAGAGCCUGGACAUCAAUGACAAUAAAAACACUACUGUCCACCUUGACUUCAAUCCCAACAGUGGCGUUACCUUCCGAGAGAACCGAAACUCUGAUGUUCAGGUUGUUGGUCGAGGAUAUGGUGAUGACAGCUCAUCCUUGUAUGACACAAGGUCCCAGCAGACCAAUGUACGAAGCCGUGACAGACGGAGGACAAGCAGCAAAGGCUCACUCCUUUCUUCUUUCGGUGGCUCAGCCCCCUUACUAGCCCUGUCAGGGCUAGUGCCAGAGUCUGACAGGGAGGAGGAUAGGCCCAUUCCCCCUAGUCGUGACAAGAUUGCCUUGGUGGGCCGUGGCAUGUUUGAAGCAGCACAAAACCCAUCUGAGUACCCAGCGCCUACAGUCACAACUCUAGAGAAGAAUGAAAAGCGGCGAGCAGAACCAGCAAAAGUCGCCAUGCCAGCAGGUGUUGUUGGGGUUGCAGUGCGAAGCUCAGCAGAUACCUUAAAUUCCGACUUUGAUUCAGCCAAAGAAGAUGACUUUGAAGAUGAUGCCAGCAGCCUCACAAAGUCAACGUCAUUCAAGCGUUCCAUUAUCCUAAAGCAGCAGCAAAAGAAAGAAGAGGAGGAGUAUCGUAAGCGUGAGGAAGAACGUGAAAAAGAACGUAAACAGCAAGAAAAGGACGCUGUGAUACGGCAGGAGCGAGAGCGACAGAAACAAAAGCUGAAAGACCUUGGUAGCAGUGAGAGUCUCUCUGUAGAACCAUUGUCUGUAUCUGGGACAAACUCCACAGGCUCACCCAGUAGCAGUAUUCUUAAAACCAUGCCACCCAAGUUGUCUCCACCUGCUGUCACACCAAGGAAGACCAUAAAGACGACUAGUGAGCCAGUUUCAAGCUAUCCAAUGCCAGCAGUGGAUCGUUCUCCAUCAGAACCCGAAGUACCAGUAGCAGAAUGGAAGCCAUUCAGUGACCCUGAGGCUUCACUCAGAGCAGCACAGAAAAAACUGGAAUCUGAUGAUUGGGAGCAGAAGACAGAAGGCCUUGACAUGAUCCGCCGUCUGUCACAUUUCCACCCAGAUGUUUUUGGGCCUCAGCAGCUGCAUCCUGCCAUCCUGGCUGUGGUGCAUGAAGUAAAGAACUUGCGAUCCCAGGUAUCAAGGUUAGCCAUCACAUGUCUGGGUGAAAUGUUCACAAGUCUUAAGAAAAACAUGGAUCCUGACCUUGAUAUCGUGGUUCGCCAAUUACUUGCCAAAGCAGGAGAGAGCAAUAACUUUAUCCGGGAUGAUGUUGAGCGGGCAUUGGCAGGAAUGGUGGAAGGUGUGACCUCACAGCGUGCCCUGCUGGCACUCAUCAAUGGUGGAACUACGCACAAGAACAGUGUAGUGCGUCGCACCACAGCUCAGUUUUUAACAGAAGUGGUAGAGAAAAUGGGCUCUGGCAAAAUCCUCAGUGGAAUUAAAGAUGUGACAGACCGCAUACUGCCCACCGUGGCACAGUUUGUGGUGGAUGGUUCACCUGAAACUCGAUAUUAUGGGCGCAAGAUUCUGUGGCUGCUGAUGUCACAUCCAGACUUUGAUCGCUCACUGACUAAAUACCUGCCUGCAAAUACCUUGCGCAACAUGCAGGAAGUUGUGGAAAGCCUAAAAAGCAAGGGACUUGGUGAUAAGCCCACUGAAAUAGCCUCAGCACGGUCCAGACGAUCAGGUCAUGGGAGUCGAACUGGAUCUUCACUGCGUGGGGGAUCUGCCAAUGGUGGGUCAGAAAAUAACAUCACACCUCCUGCCCGACGACUGCAGGUGACACGUACGGACGAUGCAGCCAUGGAGGAAAUGAAAACUAUGGUGAAUCAGAUGUCAUCAAAUGAAUGGCGCCAGCGCCAUGAUGCCAUCACCAGUCUUCAGGAAAUGUGUAUAGACAACCCAAAUUUGAUUGCCACACACAUUGUCAAAAUAUUUGACAAGUUUCUACCAAGACUGCAAGACUCAAAUAGCAAGGUCAAUCUUCAUGCGCUGAGGGUAAUGGAGCAUAUAGUGCCAAUACUGAAGGAUGCCCUUCAUGCAGUUAUUCCUAUGGCUACAUCCAAUCUGGCUCCCAACCUUUCUUCCAAGAAUCGGGAGAUCUCUUCCACUGCUGCUGAAAUUCUGAACAGUUUCAUGCAACAUCUUGACAUGGCAGUGUUGCUACAACCUUUUGCCAGCCAAGCCCAGUCUGCUACGGGUCGCAGUAAGGCUGAGAUUGUGGAGAAAGUAGCUUAUAUGGCAGAUCGUGUUUUUGAGCGCAAACCCAAGCAGAUUGUGUUGCAUGUCUUGCCACUGCUUUGGCACCUUCUAGGUGCCACUGGAGUUGGAGGAGGAGCUGGGGCAGGGGGUGGUGAGUUGCGCUCAGCCACACAGCAGUUGGCCUCUACUCUAUAUUCACACAUGGGGCAGGGGCUCAUGGACAAGGCCAACUCUGAGCCCAGUGUCACCCCAAGGCACUUGAGCGUCCUCAGCGACCUUGUCUCAUAGAACGAGCUGCAACUCUUUUUUAAACUGUGGCUGUGUGAAUGCUUGUGAAACUGGAAAUGCUUUGCAAGAGAGAAACACACAUUUACAAAAUAAAGGUUUGCAAGCAAAACCUUAUAGGGAACUAGCAGCAGCCAGUCUGCACAGCUGUGAUAGUGGAAUUACCUCAGCUGAAUGUCUUUUAUCAUUCCCUACUCCCCCAGUCUUAUAUUCUGUAAGAUGCACUGAAUUUUAUUCUUUUUUUAGAAUGUCAGUAUUAUGCUACAAAUCUUGUACCGUUUGUCAUUCACAUCAAUGAUACUGUGUUCAGUUAAUGGUAAAACUCCAGUGGUGAUCUGGGCCAUGACAGGAGAACACACAAAUCAUGGUUUUCAUAAGUUUUCCACUUACCUAGUUUUUGCACGUAGUUGAGGUAGUUUUUUUCUAGGUUUACAGGAUGAUCCUGUUGAAAUUGAAACCUGCACAUUUAGAAACUUGAUUUCUAUAGCUCCAUGGUUGAUAUAAAUCGGGAAGCCCUGCAGAACUUGUAAAGAGACCAGGAUCGUUGCACCCAUUUAAAUUGUUGAAACAGGUACUAGUUGUUGUUCAAACUGGAACUUUCCAUUCUUUUAAAACUCGUUACUUCAUUAUAUUAAAAGGAGAGAAAAAUCACUAGAACAUCAGUCAUAAACAUCAACUGUACUGUUCACAACCUUAUGUAAGGCCAGUGUAGCAUUUGGGAUAGCUUCUCAUUACUAAGACAACCAGAUAUAAGUACACAGACAUGAUAGGCUUUAUUGCUAUGAUAGAUUUGAAGCACAGGUUUUACUGUAGCUUUACCCCUCAGCAUUGCAUCGUAAAACAAAUUUCGUGGGAGCAAGCAAUGUAAUGGGGGAUUAAAAACAAUUAAAAGGCACCAUCCAGCUAUGCUAGUGUUUUUAAGGGAAGCAGAAACAUGGCCAGACACUGAGACUCUAGUUGGAGCUGCUGGCUUUUUUCUUUUUUUUAAUUACUCAUUUCAGGACCAAUCUUCCAUUAAACAACUAUACCCAUGUUAGUGGGUUUGGAGUUGAGGGAGUUUGAGAGAUGCUCUUUUUUGUUUUGUUUUGUUUUGCUAUUUUCUGCAUAGAGAGUGAUACUAUUUGCUUCUGACAGGAGACACAAGAAGUGAUUUUAAAUGCAUCGGCUGGGUGUACAUGCUUGCUCAUCUCCAGCUUAUCGAAAAUUCUGAGAAGUCAGCAGAUGCUGCUGAUAUGUUCCCUCCAGCACAGUUUUUGUAGAGACCCUAUGGGAAGAAACCUCAGUAUUAGCUUUCCCCACUGACGCAUUCUGAAAUGCUAGCAAUUAUUCCAUUGGUUGCUUGAGAGAAGCAUAAUCAGAAACGUUGUGAGAAAUGCUUGAAAAACAUUCCAUCAGACGAGUUGUUUUACAGUUUUAGCUCAGAUGGAAUUACCUUGGCCAGUAUCCUGUAUAUUUUUUAUUUUACUGGCUAGUUUCAUGGCUAAAUCCAUUUCUUCUUUACUGAUAUAUUUUUGUACCACACAACUGUGAACAUGUGGAACAAUUUCAAUGAAACAUUCAAACCACAAAUAUUCAUUACAUGGUUGUUUAUUUAUCAUCAAAGUGUGAUUCAAUAUAUGAUUUGAACAUAUACUUUUACCCUUUAACGUCUUGGGCUAAAGACUGGCUGUAAACAGGUAACAAGAGUAGCUGUGUUUCAAGGUUCAUCAUGAUUGGUGGGCUGUAAACAGCAAAAUUGUAAUAAUUCACUAAUCAUAUGGACCAAACACAGCAUCUAUAUAUGUAUCUCUGUGCAUAUAUGUAUAAAUUAUAUACAUAUCUAAGGUUCAUGUAUACUUUCACUCUAGUUACUAGUGCACAGUGUGAUAUUGUAUUUGUGUGAAUGAAUUCAUGUUGUCAAUGUAUUUUAGCCCUUGAUGAUGUGUAAAAAAAUAAAUAAAAUAAAUAUUUUAAGGCCACGUGACAAUUGUGUUUCAGGUUUUGAGAACACUGCUGGUGUUUUACAUGUUUAGGCCACAAAUAAUGUUCUUUCCACUCAGAAACUGUGUUGUGUGCUGCAGUGAGUGGCGUACGCUGUGUCAAAUAAAUAUAAAGCUCUAAGGUCUCUCAAUAUCUCAGGUGCACCACAAUAAAAAGUUGCUGUAGACACACAGAGCAGUGCAUGUUGUCUUGUAGACUUGUACAGCAAACCUUUGUGUAGUUGUACAUGAGAGGGAACUUUGUGCUUGAAAGGUCAAAUACAGUGUUAAUUGUUUAACCUCCAGUAUUAAUUUGCCUUCAUAUCAAAAUACUUAUUAUUGGGUGUGUGGUACUUUGUAACAAUAUAACAUUGCUGAUAUCAGCUUGUGUUGAUUGAGCUGUAUUCUGCCUUACCUUUGCCAUAUUUGUAACAAAUGUAGGACUGAUAAUCUGCAGGUAGCAUCUGUUAUCUUCUCAAAAGUUCUUGAAAGGGCUGAAACAUUUUUAUCAGGCAUUAGAAAAGUUUUCUUGACCUUGAGCUAUGUGACUUUUUUUUUGGUGCAAAGAAUUCUCACUUUUACUGCUGGUGUUGGAAAAUAGAGUCUAUGCUGACACCCCCACAAAAAAAAAAACACCCUCAUGUGGCCAUAUUUUGAUUACUUUGAUUUCCAACAUCAAUGCUCUUUUAGAUUCCUUAUUUCUAAGAUUGUAUGAAGAAAUAAAAGUCACGAUAAUUACCCUUAUGAACGAAAAAAGUUAUUAACUUAGAAAAAUUAUCUUUUUGGCAUUGUACAGUUUGGUCCUAUUUGAAGAUGGUGAACCAACAGCAUACAGCCCUUAAUUUUUUAUCUGAUUAACAUGAUUAAAAUAAGGCCUGUUUUUAGGGUAUACUGUAGACUGAUUGGUUAAAAUGAUUGUGAAUGUGUGAGCAGUGUAAAUUUACAGUCUACAAUAAAGAAAAGACAGCAGUAGGCCAAGCUGUUUAGAUAAUUUAUCAAUUGCAUUCUCUUAGAGGGCAUCAUAUCUGCAACAGGCAGUGUGCUUAGGCCAUGUCCACGAUAGGUGAUAGAGACUGUGUGUUGAUGCUUUGUUUUUAUUUGUAACUUGCAGAAUGCUGCUGCCCAAGAGGCAACCACCCCUGAGCAAUGCGUUUUAAAUCUGAUAGACACCAUAUUAUUCAUGCACCCUUUCCGCGUUGAACUGUACACUUUACUCUCCAGGCUGCUUGGCCUUGAUCUGUGAUAUCCAGCCUCAAGUCACUUGAUCUGUGAUGCAUUGUUAGUCAGCAGUUGGUCACGUCUCAUUCAUCGUGACAUUUUUGAUGACUGUUGCAUGCAUGUGAACAGGCAUGCAAGCCAGUGUGUGUGCAUGUAUUUAUUACAGUAGAUUGUUGCUUUUAUGUGGGAAUGUGCACAUAAUUAGCUGUUUGUCUGGUUGAUCAUCUGAUUUGAUGCUUUGGGGAGCUUUUUAUUAUGUUGUCUGGAGGGUCUUUUGUGUUUGCUCGUUUUUAUUCCUUGUUUUGAAAUUCUGAAUUGAGGAUUACUAGAAAAAGAAGGAAAGAGGUGAUAAAGACACUUCUGCUACAUUGCCUGUGCCUUCAAAUAUGACAGUGUAAGAGCUUGAAAAGCACCUUCAAAGAUUUUACUUUUUAUUUUGCAGUUGCCAUUUAAUCUGAGUUCAUACAUAUCAAGAAUAUAGUUAUUACAUCACUCAUAGUAUGUCAUAGUAUGAAAAUGUGCUGUCAUGUUUUCAAAAAAAAAAAUGCAUAACGUUUUUCAGGGGAAAAGAAAAGGACGAUGGCUUCACAUGCACGUUUCUAAUUUAGACAUAUGUCUGGCUGCUCAGACAUGCAGUUAUACAGAAGAAACUCGCGUUUGACUUUAUGGGAUAUCUGUGAAUUUGGAUUAGAGUGUUCAAAAUAUGUUCAGCCAUUCUUUUACAUAACUGCUGCUUGUAGAGGAUACCUGGAUAUGCCUUAUGACUCAAAUGAAUGAAUUACGCAUGUAAAAUACCAUUAACACUCUGCCUAUGAUCCUCCACCCCAUUCCUCCAUCUUCCCCAGUUUUCCGAGUGUCUUUUAACUCCAGGGGUGUUGAUUUGUUGAUUUUCAAUGUGCUUGUUAAAAAGUUUUCAGCGAUUUCAUUCAGUAGCAUUGCUUACUCUCAUUAUGAUUGCAUAUAUCCUACCUGACAGUAUAACUUCACUAUUGCCAGGCGCCAAAGAAAGUCGUCCGUCCAAAAUAAAUUAUGUUGGUAGAUUCAUGCACAUUGAUAGCUAGGAUGUGAAUUUCUUAAUAUGAAAUCUGCCAGCAGAGUUAUUUACAACACUGGGGUGAUAGCGUUGUUUUUUAUCAUCCUGUUAGAUAUUGUUCUCACUUUGUGCUUUUACGUGUCCAUUGUUCUGUUCCAUUUGUGAACCAACCAAAAGGCUCAUGUUCACACUAUAUCUCCGUCCAUACAUAGAUGUAAAUGUUUACCGGUAUCGUAUGUAUGGGGAGACUGGAAUGAGCUUGAUGAUAAAGGAUAGAAAAUGCUCUGUUUUAUUGGUAAAAAUAUAGAUGGUCUAUUUUGGGUUUUUUAAAACAUAAACUGCAGUCUUUAUUUUCUUCACAUCUCCCUCCCUUUCCCAUCCUUCAGACUACAUUGUUGUAUCUCCUCACUUGGCAGCAGAAGGUGUAACUUUUAAGCAGAGAGGGCAAAAUGCCUUUCUUCUCUCACAUUCGUGUGGGUGCAUGCACGUGCACAGACAUACGCACUUGGAAGCAUGUUAAAAGGAUUUGAAGGGGAGAGUUUCAGCCCAGUCAUCCUGAUUUGACAUGCAUAUUUCAUGUUGUAUUACCGUUUUGAAAGAAGGGGAGGGGGUUUCAUAAACCUUUGCUUUGAAAAUUUAGCGGAGAAGAAAUUGUAGAUUGCAGCAACAAAGCACAAAGCAUGAUAUUAGAUGAAAAUUCUGCACUCUCCACAAAUCCUCAAAGUGGAAAAUUUUCUAGUAGCUUUGUAAACAUUUUAUCAUUUUUACAUCUACUUUGGUAGCAUCUGUUAGACUGAUUUUUAUUUUUAGGUAAGACACACCUUGUCUAGUGUUUGUGGCAAACUGGUGUGGCUUGAUGCUGAGGUGGUGUCGCUAGGCUUAUUGAAUGUGUCCUUUGAUCAUUCUGUGAAAUAAAAAUCAUUUCAAAA